AUGAAGUUCUAUAUGCAUUUGAAGUACCCUAACUUACAUGAUAAGGGUUAUUAUACUUACAAGUUUGAAGUACCAGCUGAGUAGGAAGCUAAUUAUCAAAAUACUUUGACUCUUAAGCAAUUCUUAUAUAAUGUUUCUAAAUUCCGUGGUGAUCUCAACCCUACUUACAUGCAAGUUUUGACUCACGAAAACUCUAAGGCUCUUUCAAACCUUGAUAUGCUUUUCAGCAACUUCUUCGAAGAUGGCAGCGAUAUUUUCCUUAUUUGUGACGCCCCCAAACCCCUUCUCGUUAGUGAAGAGAAAAAGAUUUACUACGAAACUCUUAAGAAGUUCUCCUUCUUCGAAUCUGGUGAUUGGAGCGUUAAGGUUAACAUUGACUUACCUGGAAUUUAAAAUCAUGACAUCAGCAAAAUUCAAUGCAGAUUCUUAGAAACCAGCUUUGAAUUAAAAAUUCACGAAUUCAAAGGAAAGAAUUAUCUCUUUUCCGUUCCUAGAGCAUCAAACAAAAUUGAUUUUAACAAAUCAAAAAUUUAAAUUAAAGAAAAUCAAGUAACUAUUGUCAUCAGAAAAAAUAGUAAGGAUGAUCACUGGCUCUCUUUACACAAAGUUAAACUCAUCGGAGAGUGA